AUGGCACCAGUAGCUAUUCAAGAGCCCGUGGCAGACACCAGUCGAAUCCUGGUCAAGCCAUGGUCCCGGCCAGCCCCAACAUCCGAAGAUCUAGAAUGGGCUCCCUUGGCCAAGAUCGAUCUCUCGCGCUUCGACGAGCCGGGUGGUAAGCAAGAACUGGCGAAACAACUCUAUGAUGCCGUCACCAGAGUCGGAUUCUGGGUCGUUGUCAACACCGGCCUGGACGACGACAAGGUCCUGAGACAAUUCAGCAUCGGCAACACCUUCUUCAAGCAGCCUCUCGAGGAAAAACGCCAAUUCCCUUGUAACUUUGCCGAAGGCGAAUACUUUGGAUAUCGGGAGAAUUCUCGAUGGAUCGGUGACACGGGUAUCAAGGAAAACAUCGAAAUGCUCAACAUCCCCAAGGACAUUCCUGCACUUUCGAACGUGCCAAAGCACGAUAUCGUGCGCGAGCACUAUGACGAGAUCGCCAGCUUCCACCGCGAAGUCUUUGACAGAGUGGUUCGAAAGCUGCUUGUUCUGAUCUCCAUCAUUCUCGAACUGCCAGAGGACUAUCUCCUCAAUGCCCACGCCUAUGACCAAGUCUCGGAUGACCAUCUCCGUUACAUGAUCUACAACGUCCGAACCCAGGACGAGUGGGAUCGAGCCCAGGGGUACAGCUUGGGCGGCCACACCGACUUUGGCAGCUUGACCCUGCUCUUCUCUCAGCACAUUGCCGGUCUGCAGAUUCGCACACCAGAAGGUCAAUGGAAAUGGGUCAAGCCUGUGGAAGGCGGCAUCACCUGCAACGCCGCCGACACGUUGUCAUUCCUCACCAAUGGUCUCAUCAAGUCGACCGUCCAUCGAGUCGUGAGUCCGCCAAGGGACCAGAUCAACGUGCCUCGACUUGGCUUGCUGUACUUUGUCCGCCCUGGAGAAAACACUCCCAUGAGGACUGUGCCGUCGCCUCUCUUGGAAAGGCUCGGCCUGCUCACAGACGAAGACAAGGAUCCGAACAGGCCGGUCCCAACCGGCACCGAAUAUGUUCGUGCACGUGUCAGAGAUGUCCACUACACGGAUGUGGUGAAGAAACGUGAAGGCACCUCAUUUGACUUCAAGGGCUUGAAGGUCCAGAACUACUACGCCUAG